AUGACCAAAACUUUGUCAACUAUUGGUGACAUGGUUCGAGGAAUCGAAUUGCCUGAUGCAGACCAGCAGUUCUGGUGGAACUCAUUAGCUCCCAUUCUGAGCCGAAUGCUUCAGUGUUCUAAGUACUCAGUCGAGAGCCAAGCGAAUAUUCUCUCUUUCUUCAAAGAUUCCAUUGUCCCCUCCUACGGGCCGCGGCCCUCAAUUGACGGCGAAUUCUUCUGGAAGAGCUAUGUAACAUUUGAUCAUACUCCAGGUCAGGUUAGCUUCAAUUUUCACAAGGAUAAAUGCACGGUGCGUCUCAGCAAUGUGCCUACGGCUGCUCUGGCAGGCACCGCAUCCGACCCAUUCAACCAGAAAGGCGUUGUGCAGACAAUCAAGCAGAUCCAAAACACACUGCCCUACAUGGAUGUGACUCUCUUUGACUAUUUCAGCGAAGCCUUCCUUGUCGCCGAUGAAGAUACAGUUGGCCUUGAUGCUAGAAAGCCCGUGCCACAAUACAAUCAGCUGGUUGUUGCAUCGAUGUUAGGUUACGAUUUCGAACCUGUACCCCGGGUUAAAGUGUAUUUCAACCCGCGAUGGAAGGCCCUCCAGAUGAACAUCGAGAAUCAUGAUUUGAUCUGGACAGCGAUCAAUAAUCUAGGAUCCCAGAUAAAGUCACAUAAAAGAACUCUGGAUCUGCUCCAGGAAUGCGGAAGCCCUAAACAGCCGGGUGGAUGGAUAUUUCAGCCAGAGUUCAUCAGCUUUGACUUGGCCGAAAAUAUGGCAAAUACCGCAAGACUGAAGCUGUAUGGCUUCACGACCAGGACUUGUUGGUCCCAUAUUGAGAAAGUUUACACGCUGGACGGACGGCUUAAUGAUGCCGAGACUCAAAGGGGAUUGGCGGUGCUGAAGAGGCUAUGGCAUCUUGCUCUUUCGAUCCCAGAUAAUCAUGAUGAGAGCCAGGAUCUGCCCCGAUGCCCCCACCUGACUGCCGGGGUCAUUUACAACUACGAAUUGCGUGAGAGCAGUGACAAACCCGAGGCUAAGAUAUACAUCCCUGUGAGGUUCUACGGUUCUGGAGACGGAAAGGUCAUUGAAGGGUUAGUGGAGUUUUUCAAGAGUGAGGGCUGGGAUGAGCUCGCCAGCUCAUACCAAAGAGACUUUGUGUCUGUUUUCUCCACCCCUGAUGGGAAGAUGGUUGGAGAGCACCAUGAUAUUUCCUUUUCCUACAAGAAUGAUCACCCGUAUAUUACCGCUUAUUAUCGACCAGAGUUGAUCAGACCAAUGGAGCGCCACAUAGUCUAG